AUGGUGCAAGAACGCUCCGGACUCAUCCUCGGACUCAACAGCGGCCGUGUACGUGUCGUCCUCUCUUUCCCCACGCUGCCGGGUCUCUUGAAUGUCCCAUCAGGUCUCCCCGUUCAGUCUAUCGGUUCAUUCAAGUACAUUUGGGUCACGAUUUAUGGCGGAAACACUGGAGAAUCAAUUGGCAGAAUGGACUGCAAUAAUCUCGACAACCGGAAAGAAGAAUCAAAGAAUGGUCUCGUUUGGAGAAGUUCAAGAUUGCCUACGACUGCCCUGAACACCCCCAAGACCCGCAUCAGCCGGUCCAAGGGUAAGAGCUCCCGUCGCACCGCUUUCGUCCGCGAAAUCGCCCAGGAGGUCGUCGGUCUCGCCCCCUACGAGCGCCGCAUCAUUGAGUUGCUGCGCAACGCCCAGGACAAGCGUGCCCGCAAGCUCGCUAAGAAGCGCCUCGGUACUUUCGGCCGUGGCAAGGCCAAGGUUGAGAACAUGCAGAAGGUCAUUGCUGAGUCUCGCCGUGCCCAGGCUGCUGGUCACUAA